AUGGAGCCCCAAAGAGAGGACAUGAAGACAGCGCUGCCAUGGUCCUUGGGGAAGUACCACAUUUCUGAAGAAUGUGGAUUUCUCCUUCCAAACCCACUGAAAGAACUUCCAGAUCAUUACAGGCCGUGGAUGGAAAUUGCCAAGAAGCUUGUACAUUUAAUUGAGAGUCACCAGCUACGAGCUCAUGUGAACGAGAUGCCCCUGCUGAGCUGCGAGUUCCUGAGGAGUUACCGAGAGCAGCGCCUGGCACAUCUGCUCCUGAGCUCUAUAACCAUGGGCUACGUGUGGCAGGAAGGAGAGGCUCAGCCCCCAGAGGUGCUGCCCAGAAAUCUGGCCCUUCCAUUUGUCGAAGUCUCCGGCAUCUUGGGGCUCCCUCCUAUUCUGGUCCACUCGGACUUGGUGUUGACGAACUGGAUGAAGAGGAAUCCAGAGGGACCCCUGGAAAUGAGGAACUUGGAGACCAUCGUCUCAUUCCCCGGAGGAGAGAGCCUGCGUGGCUUUAUCUUGGUGACGGUUUUGGUGGAGAAGGCAGCAGUGCCCGGAAUAAUGGCACUCAUCCAGGCUCUGAACGCCGGCUCUCCGCCCCACCACGACACCCUGCUUCAGGCCCUGCAGCGGCUGAGAGGCUCCAUCCAGGACAUGACCAGAACCUUGGGACAAAUGCACGAUUAUGUAGAUCCAGACAUAUUUUAUGCAGUCAUCCGGAUCUUUCUCUCUGGAUGGAAAGAUAACCCCGCACUGCCUGCAGGGCUGAUCUAUGAUGGCGUUUCCAGAGAGCCCUUACAGUAUUCCGGAGGGAGCGCAGCUCAGAGCACCGUGCUACAUGCCUUUGAUGAGUUCUUGGGUGUUCACCAUAGCCAGGAAAAUGCUGACUUCCUGUCUAGGAUGAGAGACUACAUGCCUCCUUCCCAUAAGACCUUCCUGGAAGAUAUUCGCUCAGCUCCUUCCCUGAGGGACUACAUCCUGUCCUCCGGCCACGGACCCCUGCGGACAGUCUAUAAUCAGUGUCUGGAAGCCCUGGCAGAUCUGCGUAGCUAUCACAUUACCAUAGUGACCAAAUACUUCGUCACAGCAGCAAGGAAGGCCAAGAGCACAGGGCUGAACCACCUCCCUGAACCACCGCGGGCUUUGGAAGACAGGGGCACAGGAGGAACUGCAGUGAUGAGCUUCCUGAAAAGUGUCAGAAACAGGACCUUGCAGAUGAUCCUCCAGCCCAGUGACUGAGCACCCACCUGCUCCCCAGCCUUGCAGGGCCCCUGGUGGAGGACAAGUUCCUGUUCUCCAUUCUCAAGAGUUUGCACCACACAGAACA